AAAAUAGCAUCAACAAAAUGGAUUUAGCAGGUUUCCAAAGGCACCUUGAGAAUUUAAGGAUCAUUUUCCUGUUGCACUUCAUAUUGAUUUCAUGGGCUCUUCUCGGAUACUGGACUCCCACUGCUUAUCUCUUCUAUAAUGGAGCCUUUUUGUUUACAUUACUCUGGGGACUACACAACAAAGAAUCGGAAGAACCUAUCAUAAUGGCUCUGUACAUCAAUUGUCUGAGUAUUCUGUUUGAUGUUCCAGUCAUCCUGUUCUUCUUCCCUCUUGUCAGAUUUGGUAGUCAAAUAUUAAGUAUAAUUGCAUCACUUCUCAAUUUACUUCUGCGAUUUUUUACCAUCAUCUCCCUGAGCAAACUCCUGCAGCAACGCAAUGGAACUAUUCCACCAUUUUUAAGCAGUAUUUUAGGAGCUGCAGUAGAUGGCGAAGAACGCUCAUAUGAAGAUAUCGAUCGCACAACAAUCCACCAAAGUGUGCCACAAACUGAAGUUGGUUUGGAUGCAAAACUUUCCUGUAAACAACAACCAAAAAUCCCUCCAAAAACCUCCCAAUGCAAAUCUACUCCUCAGAAACAUUCCAAAGAGACUAGUGAAGACGAAGUUCCAAAUUCUUCCAAAACUCUUUCACACACACCUUCAGAAACCUCCCAUUGUAAAUCGAACCACAGUCAGUGCCUUACCAAAACUUAUGAAGAUGAACUUGUAGAACCUUCAGAAACCUCUUCGAGAACCUCCUCUAAAGCCUCGGUGUGCGAAGUCAUCACUCCUGAUCUAUAUCCUGAGGAGGCCCCUGAAGACAAAAAUGUACAAUCCUCAAAAACCCUCCACUGCAAACGAACUCCCGAUCAUUCUCCUGACAAAACUUGUGAGCGGAAGUGUUGAGUGAGCUUUUUCCUACAGUCAACUCGCAAAUGACCGCCAUAGGUCAACAUUUAGAAGCAAAGAUAAUUUUCAAAAUCCCAAAA